UGUCUCAUUUGGCUUGCUUUGUUUAAUAGAUCUGUGUUUUUAUUGACAAUGAAGACACAUACAAACUUGAAACUAUUCACUGAAGAUAUGUCUUCACAUUGUCAGUCCCACCGUACUGGCUCUGGAGUGAGGUGUGAUUGUGAAGCACUGAGCUGUAAAAUUGAUGAUUGAAAGGCUGAGAAUGAGCCGGCUGGCUGUGCUGACGGCCAUGCUGGCCAUGCUGGCCUUAGCCCAAGUGGCCAGCAGCCAAGAUGACAGUGAAAAACACUCUGCAGUUGUACCAGAACAGGAGGAGGAGUUGGCGGCGGUUAGCUCCUCCUCUGCCACCGAGAAGCCCAAGGGCUCCCUGGACGUCAGCUUCACCCACGGCUUCGUGGCGUCCCUCUCGGUCAUCAUCGUGUCCGAGCUGGGCGACAAGACCUUCUUCAUCGCGGCCAUCAUGUCGAUGCAGCACUCUCGGCUGACGGUGUUCCUUGGCGCCGUCGCCGCUCUCUUCACGAUGACCAUUCUCUCAGUGCUGCUGGGUUUCUCGAUUCAGAUCAUCCCCCGUGCGUACACCUACUACAUUUCGAGCGCUCUGUUCGCCGUGUUUGGUCUGAAGAUGCUGUACGACGGCUACCACAUGGGCCAGAACGAAGCCCAGGAAGAGUUUGAGGAGGUGCAGAGCGACCUGCGCAAACGAGAGGACGAGCGCACCAAGGAUUCCACGGACAUCGAGAGCGGCGUGGCGCGGCGGGGCAGUGUGUUCGCCUUCAUAUCGCGCGUGUUCAUCGAGGCGUUUACGCUCACAUUUCUGGCCGAGUGGGGCGACCGCUCGCAGAUAGCCACCAUCCUCCUGGGAGCCAGAGAGGACGCCUGGGGUGUGACCCUGGGCGGGUGUCUGGGUCACGCGCUCUGCACCGGACUGGCCGUGAUUGGUGGUCGUCUCAUCUCACAGCGUAUUUCAGCACGUACCGUGACCCUGGUGGGCGGCGUGGUAUUCCUGAUAUUCGCCGUCAGCGCUCUAUUCAUCAGUCCCGAGAGCUAGGUAUGAGCUCGGGGCCCGCGGUCCCUGCGGAGCCGGUGAGUUUCCCGGCUCGCCCGCGCGGCGGCGCUGCAGUCGCCGGCCGCUAGUGAAGCCGCGGCGAGCCGACCGACCCAGCCCUGUCUUCCCUGCCUCCGCGCCGGCCGCCGCGCUGGCCCAGCUGCUGGUGAAUGUAAUGAGGGGCUGCGGUGCCCUGAACGUCACUAGAAGAGCAGGGUAGGCCUGUGGGUACCGGCUGCCAUCGCACUAGAAUGUGGCGUUAGAAGAGAGCAGGGCUCAUCCGUGUGUCCCUUGGUAUUGGUUCCGUGUUGGACCCAGCCCAUAGGACUUGUUGACGACGAAGUUGUUUUGUAGGUGGAGGCCGGCGUAAAGCUGGCGUUAGCUAUUUGUGUCGGCAUUGAUGGACAUCCGUAGAGAUGUGAUGUCCUACUGAUAGAAUGUAGAGGGCUAGACUGUUGCAGUUUCCUAGGUGAAUGUGUUGUGAAAAUUACGGUCGUGACACAAAGUAAUUGUCAGGGAUUGUCAAAACACUAUUUUCGAACUAGGGGAAUUGGGUUUGGGAGAGCGAUGAAUAUUUGAUCAGGCGUGAACUAAUGUAAAAAGGACGCUGGUCUGAAUUAUUUACGGAUCAAAUGUCAACUCGUCAUUCACAACACUGUGAUUGCUUCUCAUACAGAUAUUAAUUCUCGUAAAUGCUUUGCUAGCACCUAUUGGUUAUUAGCGCGGUUAGGUACAAGCCAUAUUUAAACUCUCGCACGAGUGCAAUGCCAUGCCGACUGAGCUGUUACCGCCAUGGAUGUACCGUUUCACCGAAAACAAAAUUUACACCACGUGAAUGUGAUUUCUGCCAGAAAUACGCCAACUUUUCAUUCACGGGCCUACCAGCUAAACAAAGAUACGUUGCCAAACGUUUCAGCGGUCCUUUACAAGGGACCAGGCCUUGUCUCCGGCGGACGCUCAGUUCGGGCUCGAUUCGGUGUGCUCAAAUUACAAACUGUAUUAUUGUUUCCCCUAUUUAUUGAGCGUGUAGAGCGUCAGGAGAGGGAUGUUGCGGCGUCAGGAGAGGGAUGUCGCGGCGUCGGGAGAGGGAUGUCACGGCGCCCUCCGGCCGUUGGCGGGUGUGGGGAUUGGGGUGAGCUGUGUAUCGCUGUCAUGUAGUGUUUUAGAUCGCGCGGCUCUCUGUUUGUCUUUGUUGCAUUUGUCCUCUGGGUAUAGCUCUCUUCUCAUGGCAUAGCGUCGACCCUCACCAGCUAACGAUUAGCGCGUAAUGUGCAGAAUAUGUGCCCUGCCUUGCAUCGCGCCAUGUGGCAGCAAUAUCGUUGAGAUAUACUCAUUCUCUUCGUUCUACUUACCAACAAAAUCGUAUCACACCACCCUCGUAUGCACAUAAAUUCAUGUUUUACUCUACAGUCCAGAAUGCUGAGGUCGGUGGACAGAACUUGAGAAUCGGUGGGGUUGUUUGUGAGAUGUACUGUGUACUCGAGUGACGCUAAGGUGCAGGGGAUAUCGAUCUGUUCACGCUGGAACAGAUGGUGUCUUGUUGAAAUGGAACCGGACAUAAUUAACGAUAUUUGCAGUGUUUUAAUUUGGGCACAAUGAUUUCCUGAAUCAGCACUUUUCCGAUACAUGUUCCGGUGCGGUGAGCACCGCGCGAUUGUUUUGUUGAGUUCGUUUUCAGCGGGUGAAGGUGGGCGGAACUCGUGCUCCCAUUGCACGUUUGUGUUUCGUCCUGUUGCCCCGCCCUUGGUCGGUAUUUCCGACCUGGUUGUGUCGUCCGUUUCACACUGUGUCAACUGUGAUGUGAUGGCAUACACGGAAUAUACCGGUUAACGUGU